CUCUCUCUCUCUCUCUCUCUCUCUCUCUCUCUCUCUCUCUCUCUCUCUCUCUCUUGUGUGAGUGUGUGUGUGUGUGUGUUAUUUCCAUAUAGAGAAAGGGUGAUCACUAGAUAUACAUACUUGUAACAAAUGGAGUCUGGUAGCAUUCUUGAUUUCAUUGACAACAAGACCAUUUUAGUCACUGGUGCCACUGGUUUUCUUGCAAAAAUAUUUGUGGAAAAGAUACUUAGGGUUCAACCAAAUGUGAAGAAGCUAUAUCUUCUUGUAAGAGCUACCGAUGCCAAAUCCGCUAUGCAACGUUUCAAUACUGAGGCAGUGGCAAAGGAUUUGUUUAAGACAUUGAAAGAGAAGUAUGGUACAAAUCUUCAAUCUUUCUUAUCGGAAAAAGUUACUCCGAUAGCAGGAGACAUCACUUAUGAAAAUCUGGGGAUAAAGGACUCCAAUUUGAUCCAAGAGAUGUGGAAAAGUGUUGAUGUUGUUGUCAAUGUAGCUGCAACCACUAACUUUGAUGAAAGAUAUGACAUUGCCCUAGCUUUGAAUACUUUUGGAGCUAGAAAUGUUUAUAAUUUUGCUGCUAAGUGUGUCAAGAUAAAAUUGCUUCUGCAUGUAUCUACAGCUUAUGUUUCUGGCGAGACACCUGGGCUUAUACUUGAAACUCCAUAUCGUUUGGGAGAUGCGCUUAAUGGUUUAGAUGGACUAGACAUCAAUGUGGAGAAGAAGAUCAUCGAAGAAAAACUUAAAGAACUUAGCGCUGAUGAAACAUCUACAGAUAAAUCUAUUACAUUAGCCAUGAAAGAUUUGGGAAUUGAAAGGGCAAACAAAUUUGGUUGGCCAAAUACGUAUGUUUUUACGAAGGCGUUGGGAGAAAUGGUUCUUGGGCACUUGAAAGGAGAUAUGCCUUUGGUUAUUCUUCGCCCAACCAUCAUCCUUAGCACGUAUAAAGAACCCUUUCCUGGUUGGAUCGAAGGCAUAAGGACAAUCGACAGCUUGGCAGUCGGCUAUGGCAAAGGAAGGUUAGCAUGUUUCCUCGGCGAUCCUGAAUCAACAAUCGAUGUGAUACCAGCAGACAUGGUGGCGAAUGCUAUGAUUGCGACAAUGGCAGCUCAUGCAAACCAACCUGGUGAAACAAUAUAUCAUGUUGGAUCUUCCGUAUCAAAUCCUUUGAAGUAUAAAGGAAUUCAAAAAAGUGGGUAUAAUUAUUUUUCCAAGAAUCCAUGGAUUAACAAAGAUGGGACACCAGUUAUUGUUAGCGAGGUUAAAGUGUUGAGCUCAAUGGAUAGCUUUCGUAGAUACUUUAAUCUUCGUUACUUGCUUCCACUACAGGGUUUGAAAGUGGUGAAUUCGGCGUUAUGUCAUGCUUUUAGUGGAACGUAUUCGGAUCUUAAAAGAAAGAUCAACUUUGUGCUAAGGGUGGUGGAGUUAUACAAACCCUAUUUGUUCUCCAAAAGCUUCUAUGAUGAUAUGAAUACUGAAAAACUACGUCAAGUAGUUAAAGAAAAUGAGGUUGAAGCCAAUAUAUUCUAUUUUGAUCCAAAGACAAUUGAUUGGGAGGAUUAUUUCUUGCAUACACAUCUUCCUGGUGCAGUGAAACACGUAUUUAAAUGA